AUGACCUCAGAGCACAGGCAAGUUGCUGCCUUGGGCCGACCUCUCACCCUGGGGAUGCUCUAUGAUGCCCGGAAAGAUGAGCUGAUCCCCGGUAGGUCCUCAUCUACACCACUCCUCUAACAGAUGUGCUCACACAGACUUGUAACAGAGUUUCAGGGUUUCAGAAACCUUUUCAGGGGUUUUAUAUUCUUAUGUGUGGACAGCAUGGUAAGAAUUUUAACUAAUGCAAAUAUGACUGCCUUAAAUUAUAACUGCACUUGGUGUAUUGGACACUGGAUGAGUUAGCAGGCUACUGGUUUUCAUCAGCUUUACUGUUAGGUGUGUUUAUUUAUAAGGAAACUUCUCACUUCAUCAUGAGGCUGGCUUUUCACUGGAUGCUUGAUGGCUGCAUUUUGUUGUAUUUGUUGUAUUGUGCUUGAGGGCCCUGGUUCCCCACAAGUGUUAUCCAAAAUACAGCACUUAACUACCUUUGUCAAACUGACAUCAUAUUUAUCUUUGCAGGGUAAAGUGAAGAGGCAUGUGAUCUAUUGCAAAUUAAUUUGAUGUGUUUCUGUCCACUGAGGUUGAAGUAAGCCUUUAUCAUCAUAAUAUGGGUCAAAACUUCAAAUAAAACCAUAAAUCCCACCAACUGUAAGAUAAAAAGUAGGGUUAUAUUUGAUAGAGGAGUAACAGGUAGUUAAAAGACCUGGGGUUUAGUAUGAGUAUUAAAGUCCACAUUAAAAACAUCAGCGAUAGCCGUCUCCCCCUCUCUCCUCCAGCUGACAUGCACAUUGGUUGGUUUGUUACAGACACCAAAACUUCAGGAGCAAGAUGAGGCUGAAACUCUGCUGGGAUUGUAUCACCAUGAGUUGAUAUGCUUUGAAAUUUUUUUACACUAUACUUAAUGUUUGCAGCUCAUGGACAAAAUCAGCAGUUGUGUGUAAAUAAUACUAUAGAGAGCAAUCUAAAAGUCAAAAUAGUAAUUUUCUUGCUGAACUUAAAAAAUCUUCAACACUAAAAAGAACCAGAACCAGAAGUGAGUUUUUUUUUUUUUUCACAACAAACGGGAAAGAUAAAAACCUUCCCUCAUGUGAAUCACACACAACCUAUUCGUCAGAAAACAGCAUGUGUGGAUUUGGAGUAAUUAGAUAGAUUUCUCUGAUACAGCAGGAAGAGGGCGGAUCAUAAGACUCUUUGGCCACUUUUAGACGGAAACGGUCUCCAUAGAAAACGGAAAAAAAACGGCAACUGCGUUUUCAGGAGAUGAAAACGUAUCAAAGUGGAAACCCCCUCCAGAGUGGAAAUGUAAAAGCUCUGCUAGUCCCGCUUUCGUCUAAGGUACAAAAACGCUGAAAACAGUCAAACCUGUGAUGUCCUGGCUCACGUCGGCUCACACUUAUGACAUCAUAGCCAUGCACAGCUUCCUUGAAAAUAACAACAACAACCAUACUAGACAUUUGAGUCACGUUGUCGUUAUUAUUGAACGGGCAGGAGCUCAAUUUCGACCUGUACAGAAUCCUCACAGAUCAUACUGCUCAGCAGAGGAGGCGUCUGAAUUAUUUGCAUCAAACAAUUAAUGUGCCAAUUGGUCGGCGGAGGGGAACAAGGGUUGUGCGUUGUUGGUCUAUAUGGGAGCGCGGUCACACCGACACACGCCACCUAGCGACCUGGCAUGCACAUUACAGCGUUUUCAACCACAUUGCGUUUUUGUGUAAACACAGCAUAAAAACGGAAAACGAAACGGCACUUUUCCAUUUUCUAUGGAGACCGUUUCCAUCUAAAAAUGGCCUUUAACUCUAGUCUCUAUUAACUUUUAUUGACUUUGAGAAAAAAAAGGGUUUAAAUGUUAUCAAAGUUAAAAUCUUUGCAAAAAUGUUUAAGGUUUGCAGGACUCAAAGGUUUUAUCAUCUAUGUCCUUUGACUUUUACAGACAUAAUGUUUAUUCUUCUUCAUCAGAUGACUAUUUUCUUUUUCCACAUCUAGGUUUGACAUUGUGGGAUGAGAAAACUCUAGAGGAAAAAAACGUUGAAACCCCCCAGCCCAGCAGUUCUUAUGAAAUUUCUACAUCUGACUCCAUCGAAUCCAAGUCCUCUAUGUUGAAAGUCAGUGCGUCUCUACAGGCCAGUUUCAUGGGUGGACUCUUUAGUGUUUCAGGGUCCGCAGAGUAUAUGAAAGACACCAAACAUUCUCAGAAUCAGAGCAGAGUGACCUUCCAGAACAUCACUACGACCACCUUCAAACAGCUGUCUAUGAUCGACAUGAUAACCCUGAAUGAAAAACAGACAGAGCUCAUUAAGAAGGGCACUGCGACACAUGUAGUAACAGGCAUCGUCUAUGGAGCAAACUGCUUCUUUGUGUUUGACAGUGAAAAGGUAGACAGCAGUGAGGUUCAGGACAUCAGUGGUAAGAUGAAGGCUAUGUUAAACAAGAUCCCUGAAUUUGACUUCCAGGCGGAGGCCGAGGUAAAACUGACAGCAGAAGAAAAAAAACUGACAAACCAGUUCUCCUGCAAAUUCUAUGGUGACCUUCUUCUCAAAAGUAACCCUGCAACAUUUAUGGAGGCAGUGCAGACCUACAAGGACCUUCCAAAUCUGUUGGGGAAAAAUAAUGAGAAUUGUGUCCCCCAGACGGUAUGGCUGAUGCCCCUGACAGAUCUUGAUAGCAAGGCUGUUACAGUGAAGAGUGCACUCAGUCAGGCAUUAGUGAGGAAGAUGCAGGAUACUUUGGAAGGCUUGAGAAAAGUGGAAAUGAGAUGCAACGAUGCUCUAGCUGACAUGGUGGUACAGAGCUUUCCACCAAUCCAGAAGAAGGUACAAAGGUUUAAAAACCUGUGUGAGGAUUAUGAAGAUGACAUCAGGAAGACAUUUGCAGAGAAACUUCUCCAUGUACGUGAAGGUAAAGAAGAUGAGGGGGCACUGAUGAAGGUCUUUCAAAUAAGGGAAAACUCACCCUUCAGUUCAGAACAAUUUAACAAGUGGAUGGACGACAAGGAGAGAGAAAUCAAUGUUGUCAGGUCCUGUUUGGACAUCCUGAAGGGAGUCAAGAUCCUCCCGAACAAGUCUGAGCUGGACAAAGUCAUCCUUGAUACACAGGUUGAGAUAAAGCUGUGCUAUGCCUUCACCUCCCUGGAAAGUCCUGACCCCAGCUUGGAUGCAAUGACCAGCUUCUUGGCUUCAGGGGAAACCCAAAGUACCGAAGAAGUCCCAUGGUUCUAUUCUGAUGAUGUUCUUCAAGAAAUGAGAAAAUUGGCCGUAGAUGCCAUGACUGUCACUUCUGGAGACAACAACAUAUUAUUCAUUUCGGCCAUUCCAAAUGAAGAACACAAAGGAGUGUACCUUUACACCUACAAAAACAGCAUUCCCUACAAAAAAGAGGGGAUUACAGAGUAUCAAAAUGUAACCUACAGAGCAGAGUUGUUCUCAUGUAAGUACUUGUGUUACUGUAAAACAAAAUAACACAUUACUCUGAAAACUAGAUUUGCCUUGAAUGUUUUAUGAAACCUGUUAAAGUUAGUUUAAGAUCCCAUAAAGAAAUACAUUAUGAUGAAGUGGCUUCCAGCCCAGGGGCCAGACCCAAAGGAUCACUAGUUUAACCCAGGGACUUAAAAAUGGCAGAAUGGCUAUUAUUUGGAUCCCACAGAUGUUUCUGCAGGUUUCACAAAACUCAAUUAAAAUUUUACAAUAGUUACAAGAUCUCAAAAAAAUAUAUAUUGGGAAACCUUAGAGGACUCUUCUAAAUUUGCAUUUGCUUUUACAGAUAGCACAAAAGUUUCUCAGUAGCUUGGUAUAGAUAAAGGUCUAUCCAGAGAUUCUUUUAAGAAUCUUCCAUAAAUUAUCAGGAUCCAACAAAGAGUUCUCAAAAAAACUUGAAAAGUAAUUAGGAAAGUUUAAGAUCUUAGAAGAUUGUUUUUUCCAGGUACCUGGAAGUUUUUCAAGAAAAUCCCCCACGCUGCCAUAUUUUACACGAUUCUUUUUUGCUGAGUUUACAAUCAGCAGAACCUGAGACAGCGUGCAGAAAAUGUUUUCUUCUUGCAUUUGGUUUCUCAGAAAAUGUUUAUUGGAUCUCAUUUUAGAUUUCUCUUUGUCUUUAGAUCACAAAAACAUGUCUGAGGGUCAAACACACAAAAAAUCUGUAUCUUAAAAAAAAAUCCUGGGAUCCAGAAAGAAUUUCUUAAAACUGUACAUAUAUAUAUAUAUAUAUUUAUUAUUAUUAUUUUUUUUCAUUUAGAACUAAUUCAGGACAGAUAAUUGAAUUUUAUCUUGUUUUGAUCUCAUUUUUUUCAGAUGCCUGUCCUCUCACCUUGGACCCAGACACAGCAAAUGGCCAACUUACUCUGACAUUAAACGGGAAGAGAGCAACAAUCGGUCAACCCCAGGGGCUUCCUGACCUCCCACAGAGAUUUGACCCUCUUCCUCAGGUUCUGUGCAGAGAGAAGUUGACUGGGCGCUGUUACUGGGAAGUGGAGUGGCAGGCCAACUCUGGUUUAGUGGCUGUGGCAGUUUCCUACGACGGGAUUAUCAGGAAAGGGGAAAAAAAGGAUGCUAAACUUGGUUCAAGUCCCCUGACCUGGAGUCUGGAAAUGACAGAGAAUACUGCCACAGCCUGGCACAACCAUGAGAAACUCACUAUAUUAAAAAAAUUUGGAUCAAGCGGUUCACUGGGGGUGUAUCUAGACUGGACUGCAGGUUCUCUGUCCUUCUACAAUCUUGUGGGUAGUAAGUCCAAGCACCUCUACACCUUCUACACCAAAUUCUCUGAGCCUGUUUACCCCGCCUUCGCUGUCGUUAAGGAUUCAAAUUAUGUGGAAUUGAAGCUGUGA